UCACAAAUGGCCAUCACAUUUCUUCCAAUAUUCAUCCUCUUGCUUUCUUCACUAGCCAUUGCUACUUCUUCACCACCAAAUCAAACCCCACAUUCAGUCGUCAAUGAAGUCCACCGGAGCAUCAAUGCCUCCAGGAGAAACCUGGGUUAUCUCUCCUGCAGCACCGGCAACCCCAUCGACGACUGCUGGCGGUGCAAUUCCAACUGGGCCACCAAUCGCCAACGCUUAGCCGACUGCGCAAUCGGGUUCGGAAAGAACGCGAUAGGCGGGAGGAACGGUCGGAUAUACGUGGUCACCGAUCCCGGAAAUGAUAAUCCGGUGAACCCAAUGCCCGGAACACUCCGACAUGCCGUUAUUCAAGAUGAACCAUUAUGGGUCAUAUUUAAACGUGACAUGGUUAUACAACUACGUCAAGAACUUGUGAUGAAUUCGUUUAAAACUAUAGAUGGAAGGGGUGUGAAUGUUCACAUUGCUAAUGGUCCAUGCAUCACCAUACAUGAUGCUACUAACAUCAUCAUACAUGGGAUUCACAUACAUGAUUGUAAGCAGGCUGGAAAUGGUAUGAUUAGGAACUCACCACAUCACGUUGGACAUUGGGAUCAAUCCGAUGGUGAUGGGAUAUCCAUUCUUGCAAGUAAACACAUAUGGAUUGAUCAUUGUUCGUUGUCGAAUUGUCAUGAUGGACUCAUUGAUGUCAUACAUGGAUCCACGGCUAUCACUAUAUCUAACAAUUACAUGACUCAUCAUGAUAAAGUUAUGUUGUUGGGACAUAGUGAUAGUUUUACACAAGAUAAAGAUAUGCAAGUCACUAUUGCUUUUAACCAUUUUGGUGAAGGUCUUGUUCAAAGAAUGCCAAGAUGUAGACAUGGGUAUUUCCAUGUGGUUAACAAUGACUAUACACAUUGGGAAAUGUAUGCAAUUGGAGGUAGUGCAUCCCCUACCAUCUACAGCCAAGGAAAUAGAUUUUUGGCACCUAAUACAAGAUUUGACAAGGAGGUGACAAAGCACGAAAAUGCACCCGAAAGUGAAUGGAAGAACUGGAAUUGGAGAUCGGAAGGGGAUUUGAUGUUAAAUGGUGCAUAUUUUAGGGAAUCUGGUAGAGGUGCCGCUUCAUCGUUUGCAAAAGCUUCGAGUUUAAGUGCUAGACCAUCGACACUGGUGGCGACAAUGACACAGAGCGCUGGUGCACUCGUUUGCCGAAAAGGGUCUCAUUGUUGAUUAUGGGUUAUAGCUUAUAUUAUACAUCAAACACUAUUGCAUUUUGAGUUUCUUCAAAUGUUGUAUGUUAGCAAGAAGUCAGCGUUUGUAUUUGGUUGAAAAUGGAUUA